AUGGCUUUAUCGUUUCUCUACGCGCUAUGCAUGUGGAUAAGUUUAGUCUGUCCUUCGCUGGGAACUGGGUUUGUUUAUCACUUUCCAGGCAUCAAUAUGCAGCGGCAGCGCAUCAAAUCGGAACAGAGCGGGAGCACUGCUGGACCGCCGGGUACCAGGUCCAGUACCCAACUCAGGAACUGGUGUCAGUACACUGUUUCCAGGACAGUGUCCUGUCAGGUGCAUAAUGGGACAGAAACCUCAGUGCAGAGAGUGUAUCAGGGCUGCAGAUGGCCCGGACCUUGCUCCAGUGUCAUCAGCUACAGGACGGUCAUCAGGCCGUCUUUCAGGGUUACCUACAAGCAGGUCACUGCACUGGAGUGGAGAUGCUGUCCAGGGUUUGUAGGAGAAGAGUGUCGCGAAGAGUGUCUGAACUGCACCAGCUUCACCGACAUGAACAGCAGAAUAAAAGCCAUUGAAUCAAAGAUUAAGCUGCUUGAAGGACGCUCCUCGCUGCCAACAGUCAACAGCAAUUUACCUGAGGGUUCAACAGACAAUGAGGUGGACACACCCAAACCGACUCCUAUUGGACCGCCAUCUUACCUGCCGCCAGGGUCCGUUGGAGCUCCAGGGCCCUUCGGACCUCCAGGGUCUGUCGGAGCUCCAGGGCCCUUCGGACCUCCAGGGCCCGUUGGACCACCAGGGCUUCCUGGACCAAAGGGGGAAAGAGGUCUACCAGGGGAAAUAGGUCUCCCCGGCCCUCCUGGUCCACCAGGUACUCCAGGUCUAAGCUCUCUCCCUGUCCCGAUGAGGGGUGACGUUUUUCAAGUGGACAACCAAGAGGAGAACCCCGUCCGUACAGCUCUUUCUGCUUCACAGAUCAUUGUCGGCCCUCCUGGUCCCUCAGGUCCGACUGGCCCUUCAGGCCCUCCAGGACUGAGAGGACCUGCGGGGAUUCCAGGCCUGCCGGGACGAGAUGGCGAGGAAGGCCUCCAAGGCAAGCCUGGGGAUCUUGGGCCUAAAGGAGAUCCAGGGGAAAGGGGGUUUCCAGGUGUAACAGGCGAACAUGGCCUACCUGGGGCACCGGGGCCAAAAGGAGAGCCGGGAGAAGGCUUGAAUGAGGGUGAAGCCGUGCAGCAGCUCAGGGAGGCCCUAAAGAUCCUGGCCGAGAGGGUGCUGAUCCUGGAGCACAUGAUUGGUGUUCAUGAGAACUCUGAGGGAUCUGGAUUUGGCAACAUUUUGGACCCCCUGUCCUUCACCACCAUAAAGACCAAACGCCUGCAGCCUGUUCAAACCCCUCUUCAUACACUCGGGGAGAGACAAAGACAAGCUCCCCUUUAACUGUCUAUUUUUGUAUGUGUGUGUAUA